UAGCGUUCUUCAAAUGGCUCUGGCGAGCUUCUCCCGCUUCCAUCCUCCUCCUCCUCUCCAUCUCCGGCGUCCUUCGGCCUCCGCUCGCGCUUCCGCUCCCUCUGUAUCUCCCCUUCCAAGAGCCCUAAUCGAGAUUGAGAAAUCCCAGGUCAUCGCGUGCCUCCGCGCCCCAGAUGGCAAGUUGGCAAUGGAAGCUGCUUGUGCUGCACUCAGCGGUGGCAUCUCUGUUCUGGAGAUUGUGAUGAGCACUCCAGGUGUGUUGGAGGUGAUAAAGGGGCUUCAGAAAGACCAUCCGUCAUCAGUUAUAGGG